GUAUGAGCACGCAUUUUGACGACUAGCAGCGAAGUUAAUGCUGAAAUAAGUUGAUGUCGUAAUUUUGAUAGUCUGAAGUUAUUUGCAUUAUCUGACAUGAAAAGUGUUAAACAAUUUUUUAGUAUUGUUUUCAUUGCAACAUAAACAAAGUGAAAUUUAACAUUAAAUGAAUUUAUUAAUUAAAGGCAUAAUACAUUGACAGCUGCAAAAUUAUAUUGUAUGGUGAAUGUACACCAAAAACUCAAUACCAUUUUUAUAUACACCGAAAAACCCAAACCAAACGAGAGGAAAAGAGAAAGAGAGUUAAUCUACUUGGCGCUCACAUAAGGCAAAAAUAUGUCAGUAACAUCGAAGCGGAUGGUUAAACUUGUGACCACCAGACGCGGUAAUGUUGAUAUCGUUGAAACGGAUCCAACAACAUCUGAUCAUCAUGAAUACAUUGCAGCCGUUGAUGAAUCGACCGACGAUGAUGGUUCCAUUGCGUACAUUGAUAAUUAUGAUAUAAACGAAAAUGGUGAUGAGGAUGCACCGUUUUUCAUCGAAUAUGUUACCGCUGAUGAUGGUAUUUUAACCACUGGCGAUAAUAAUGAAACCGAAUAUGAAACAGAACAAUAUACUGAAUAUACAGAAGAUGACGAUACAAAUGAGGAUUUGUAUAAUUGUAAUUUAUGUGGUAUGAAUUUUAAUUCGGUUGAUGAACAUAUUGAGAAAUAUCAUGGGGAAGAAGAUGUUUUUGUUGAUAUUGGUGAAAGUGGAUCGGGUGUAAAAACCGAACGGGUUUCCGAUGAGGAUGGCCAAGAAAAUGAAGAUGAAGGUAUGUUAACCGGAUCGGACAAUGUUAGCAUCACCGAUGGCGAAUUUAUUGCAUACGGGGAUGAAUCACUUGAAAAUGAUAAUGAUAUUUUGGCCGACAUCACCGAUGACGAUGAUCAACUUCAGUCAGAAGUUUAUACAUAUGAUGGUGCGACUGGCGCAAUCACAAGAGCAACUAAUGUCAAGGGCGGCAAACAAACUAAUAUUACACCACAAUCGUACGAGUGUCAACGAUGCAGUGCAGUUUUUGCAACAAUCAAAUCCCUGUGCACACAUAAGUGCACACAACCCGAAAAAGAACCGAAUGCAAGUAUAAAAAAGCCGGUAAAAAGAUCGGCCAAAUCGACGAGCAGAGGAAAAGCCAAAGUUCAACGAACAACAACUGACGAUGAUGCAACAAAAGAAACCGAUCACAUUUGUUUGAUUUGUAAUACGACAUUUUAUUCAGCAAAGAGUCUCAAACUACAUGCUCGAAUGCAUUUGCCAGUGAAAUCGAAAACCAUCGAUGAAGCAACUGAACAUGAAACGGAUCCUUUGACAAUUGCCGAUCAAGAUAACCGUGAGAAAUUCUAUUGUGACAUUUGUGGCAAAUAUUACGACAAAACAUUUGAACAAGUUCAUGUACAAAUGCACAAUGGCGAAGAAAAAUAUAACUGUCACAUUUGUAAUAAAGUAUUUCCGAAUGAAGAAAGCAUUAAUAUGCAUAUGAAUGCACAUCAAGAUACGCGCGUCAUCAAAACCAAAGCCGAACUGAGUAAUAUCAAAUUGCCGUAUGGAUGUCAAUACUGUGGUAAAGAAUUUGCUCGGCCACACGAAAAAGUCAAGCAUGAACGAGUUCAUACAGGUGAAAAACCAUAUGAGUGUGAAUUAUGUGGAAAAUGCUUCAGAGUCUCAUAUUGUUUAACCAUUCACAUGCGAACUCAUACAGAUGCUCGGCCUUACGUUUGUCCUCAAUGCAACAAAAGAUUCAAAGCACAAUCGGUAUACAAUCAUCAUUUGUUGACGCACUCGGAUGAACGAAACUAUAAAUGUCCGUAUUGUCCGAAAACAUUUAAAACAUCCGUACAAUUGUCGGGACACAAGAAUAGCCAUACAAAACCAUUUACAUGUACAGAAUGUAAUCGCCCAUUUGGAUCAUUGUAUGCCGUUCGGGCACAUAUGGAAAGUCACAAACGACCCAAUCAUAAUUUAAAGCAUAAAUGUGAUAUUUGCGGCGCAAAAUACGCGCGCCGUUUUGCACUCAACGAUCACAUGAAGGAACAACACAAGGACGUUCAAUUAGUUGUGGACGAUUCAAACACAGGCAAAAAAUCACAAUCAAAACGAACAAAAAAGGUAAAACAAAUUCCAAUAAUUGAAGAGGAUGACGGAAGCGAACUUGAAGUAGCGGGACAAUCAAUUUUACCUAAUAUGGUUGAACAGGAGAUAACCAUCAGCGAAAUCGAGCAUUUCGACAAUGAAGAAGAAGUAGUUGAAAUGGAUGAUUGGCUAGAAUAAAAUAAAGAAUCUUUUAUUUUCAAGCAUUUUACAUAAAUCGAUUAAGUCGUGUUAAGCGUAUAGAUUUUUCUUUCUCAUUCAAAAUGUUUUGUAAAAAAAUAAUAAUAAUUAAAAAAAAAAAAACACGAAUUGUAAUCAAAAGAAACUAAACAACACAUUCACGAAGUACAAAAAAUAAAAUUGUAAAUUUCAAAAAAUAAAAUAAAAAGUAUUGCAGAAUUGAGAAUGCCGUCUGUAAAAGAAAUGCCGUUUUAUUACGGAUGUCACAGCGACCUCUAUGUGUUCGAUGCUGUGUUGUGAUGACACCAUAGACGCCAUUUGUAUAAAUACAAUUGCCAUCAAAAUCUCUUUUCAAACCCUACUAGCUACGAGCUAUACAGCGGUAGAUUAACAUUUAGACAAAAAUGCAACCAAAACGGAGAGAACCACUUCAAGCCGUUCAAGUUUUCGGCAAAAAGAAAACCGCCACUGCUGUUGCCCAUUGCAA